AUGGGGUCGUUGCUUUCCGUUCAUGUGUGGGUAGCGAUUGUGUUCAUCGCAGUCAAUCGAAGAGUGGAGUAUGAUUCCACAGAACUGGUGAAGAAGUACACUGGUCUUGCUCUGAAUAUGCUUGUUGACCAGAGAAAGGCAGACAUCUUCUAUAUGAAAGGACAACUCCUGCCUGGCAAACUGUCAGCCGCAUGUGCGUCCAAUAUUGUGCCAAUCAAUCUGAGGAUACACGAGCUUUACGACAACAUCUACUAUUUCAUUGCCACUUUUAUCGAGGAAAAUAUCAACCACCACGCUAAGUUUCUCUUUCAAUGA